CCUUGAAAACGAAAGUAAUCGUUGCCCUUGGUUUUAACAAACAGAAAAGGAUUGAAGCAACUAUUUGGUAUGGCGGACAGUAAAUUUUGCACCGCUUGUCGGCGUGGUGAUGGACACAUAAAAUCCGUAUCCUGGUGCAGUGACUGUACUGAACCUGUAUGUAAGACAUGUGCCAGAAUUCACGAAAGGAUGAACCCACCUCACAAGGUAGUACCAACAAAAGAGAUACAUCAACUAAGUUCUCCUCUUCUUAAAUUGUCGAAGAAUUGCGAGAAUCAUUCCGAUCGAAAGAUCGUACUGUACUGCUGUCAACAUGACAAGGUGAUCUGCGAUUCAUGUGUACUUGUAUCACAUCAUAAUUGUAAGCCUAUCAUAUCCAUUCAAGAUGCUGCCUUUGGCGUGAAAGACAGUACAGCAAUUUCUGAGCUAGAAAAAAGAAUGGACAACCUAAUUCAAGUUACAGAGAACAUACUGAGGCAAACUGAAUUAGCAUUUGAAAAUCUGUCGAAAAGUCGAAACAAAAUCAAGAAAAGAGUGUCGGAUCUCAAACAGAAAUGUAUUAAUCAUUUGGAUAAGUUAGAAGCAAGUUUACAUAAAGACAUCGACAAUAUGUAUAAACAAUGUAUGGAGACGCUGUCCCGAAAAAAAGAUAACGUUCAGUCAAACGCCGGCCUACUGUCUAUAAGGAAUAGCGAUUUUCAAUCAAUAAAGCAACAAACAACUGAAAUCAAUUUAUUUCAGGCAGUACAAUUUUUAGAUUGGACGACUCAUCAGAAAGAAUUGGAAAUCAGAGAAAUUCUUAAAGCUACUGUUCCAACACUUACAUAUCAUCCUUCCAAAUCAGGGUCAAACUUGAAAAAGAUACUCCCAGACUUUGGUACUGUAAUCGUAGAUAAUGUCUUAGUACCAAUGCCUGUACUAAACAUCGAUCAACAAGGUCAGUGUUUCGCCAGAGCCCCUGGAGACAAGAGAAAGUUGACGUUGAUGUAUUCAUUCCAAACGAAGAAAUUAGUAAAUGUAAAAGAUGGGGUGCGUAUUUCAAGGGGUUGCUUUAUUCCUGGUGACAGGUUACUCCUUAGUCAGUACGAAGGUCAAAAACUUUCUGUAUGUAAAUUUGAUGGAUCCAACAGCACAAUCAUUCAUUUGGAUUAUUAUCCAGAAAGUAUUAUCCUAUAUGACAACAAUCACGCUUUAUUAUCUACAGGCGGUGAAAGUAUCCAGAUCAUCGAUUUGUCAUCAUUACAACAUGUUAGGAGCAUUAUAGUCGGGGGACGCUGUUUAGGAAUGACCAUUGUAAAAGAAAAGAUAUGGAUAAAAAAUCAACCCAAUACUCUAACCAUAGUAGAUAUCAAUGGAAAAAUUCUGAAUACAAUAAAAACAACAUUUAAUCCUUAUGAUAUAUGUGCCAACAAAGAUGGUGAUGUUUAUUGUACAGACUGUCAUAAUAGUAAUAAAGUCUACCUCGUUACAUCGGAUGGAAAAGAACGUGAGAUAUACAGUAGUCCUGACCUGAAAACUGCUCGUGGUGUGGCUGUAGAUGACCAUGAUGAUGUUUACGUAGCAGGAAAUAGAUCAAAUAACAUUCAUAGAAUAUCUAAUAACGGCCAGAAACAUGACAUUGCCUUAACAGCAGACGACGGUAUCAAUGGACCGACCGAAUUAUCUUACAACUGUGGAAUGAAUGAAUUGUUAGUUGUAAACAACAGUUUUAAAAUAGUCAAUAUUUAUAAAACAUAAUUAUAUCGUCCGAAAUGUGCAUUAAAUAUUUGCCACUGAAUUUUAAGCAACCAACAAUCCACCAAUAAAACAUAACAAUGCAAAAUUGAUCUAAAUCCACCUAAACACACACCAAACAAUAAACGAGGGAUCAAGAAUAUCAGUCACUGUUUAUGCGAAACAUUUUGAAAAAAAAACCGAAUGACAUAUACUGUGCGCACAACAGUAGUUUCUUGAUUAUCCGUCAAGUGCAUGUAUGUAACCGACCAUGCGUGACCCUUUUGAGGAAACUGGAUUUUUUAUUGUCAAAAUCUACGCAAUAUUUUAUAUGUCUGAAGUAAGUUCAAACGAAUCCUCAUAUUUGUUUUACUACAUAUAAAAAAGAAGAUGUGAUAUGAUUGCCAAUGAGACAACUCUCCACAAGAGACCAAAUGAUACAGAAAUUAACUAUAGAUCACCGUAUGGCCUUCAACAAUGAGCAAAGCCGAUACCGCACAGUCAGCUAUAAAAGGCCCCGAAAUGACAAUGUAAAACAAUUUAAACGAGAAAACAAACGGCCUAAUUUAUGUACAAAAAAUGAACGAAAAACAAAUAUGUAACACAUAAACAAACGACAACCACUGAAUUACAGGCUCCUGACUUGGGACAGGCACAUACAUACAGAAUGUGGCGGGGUUAAACAUGUUAGCGGGAUCCCAACCCUCCCCCUUACCUGGGACAGUGGUGUUUGUUCAUUCAAUAUUCUGUUUUUAAUCUACAUUAAUGUCAUUGAUUUGUGAACUGAUAUACCAGAGAUUCCAGCAGAAACAAAUUUUAAUAUAAACAGAAUAUUAUCUACGAACGACUUUAUCGAUGUUGGUUAUAAUUAUACGUUAACAUGUCAAAGUUGUGUUGAUUUCUCAAUAUAGUUCUUGCAUGAUUUUGAAAUUAGUUAUUAUUAUUUAAGUAAAAUAUUUCGAUACUUAAAGAGAAUUUUUUUCUUGAAAAGAUGAAAGAGCUGGGAUUUCAUAUUGAGUGAGAAAAUGGCACCCUUCUGAUGUUUUCUUUUAUCAGCAGCUGAAAUUUAUUUUCUAGAAAUGUAUUCUAUAAAAGUAAACUAAAAAAUAUCGAAAAAUAAAUAUUUGCGACUCUAUUGCCGAUGAAAAAACAGCCAAUUAGAAUUAUUGAAAUAAAAAAGACAAGAACAAUUGUCAUAUAAUUAUAGUAAAUUGCACUGACACUCUUCUUGAAAAAGUUUACGAGCGUAUUUUAUGAUGUGAAUUUUUCUUCGUACUUAUUUUUCUUUGGUAAAAUCUCGCAUACAUGUUUAAGACGAUUUCUGUGAAAAUGCCGAAAAAUAUAAGAAUGGUAACGAAAUAAAUAUUUAAAAAAUUGAACUAUGAUAUAUAAUGAUUUUAAAGAAUGUGAACAAUUGAUAAAGAUCAUUAAACAAUAAUGUUUAUCACCUAUAUGUAAAUAUGUAAUUUGUGUACUGUUUGUAUGUAUUUUUGACAAUAAGGAGGGACUUGCACAGUUGGAGUUACAGUUUAUAUUUUAGAUCUCGCACUGCCGAAUAUUGUUUAACUAUUAUUUUAUCAUUAAUACAUUAUAUGAGGAUAAUUUAGUAUGUUAAAAUGACUCUUAUUUUUUAUGUUUUCUAAAAUCCUACCCAAAAAAUUCCAACUAAUUCAUUCCAUUAAGUAUAGUUGUCGAGCCUGCGACUUUUUCACAAAUGCGAGACAUAGCGAUCCUACAUUCCG